AUGGUUAAACCAAUACUUAAAGAGAUAUAUGAUGAAACAAAAUUUUCAAAAAAUUAUUGGAAGCAUGAUGGUCUUCAUGUAAUUUCAUUUACAAAGGCGGGUUUAAGAGAAGAAAAUCAAGAUGGAAUAUCUAUUGAAUUUGAAUUAAAUGUAAAUUUGAAAGAUGAAAGAUUGAAAGGAUAUUAUUUAUUUGGAGUAUAUGAUGGUCAUGGAGAGCAUGGAUAUCAAAUUUCGAAAGAUUGUGUUGAACAUUUGCCGAAAUAUAUUGCUAAACGUUUAUUAGAAUUAUUACCAACA